AUGAAAGACAACUCUAUUUCAUCAAGAGAGCAAAAUAAUGACGACCAUUUCUUGCCAACAUCAUCAAAUGAAGAUGCUAAUUUCGAAGAAGAAAGUUCUCAAGAUAUUUUAUCAAGUUAUCAUGUUGGAAAUCAAAACACAGAUUCACCAUAUAUUGAAACAAUUACCUCACCUUUUGAGAUGAAAGUGGUAGACCUUCCCAAAGGACAGGCAACCAAUUUACAAGACGUUUAUGAUGAUUAUCGGGAUGAUAGUGACGAUGAUUAUGUUGUGGAUUUUACCUCUGUGAACGGGAAUGAUGUAAUAAUUCCUUCAAAAUUUAGUGCACUUCCAGAUACAAAAGUAGUUCCUGCAAAGAACAUUACGAAUGCAUCUACAGUUCGAGAACCACCUUUAAAAACUCCAGUUUUCGAUCUUUCUCAAACUCUUGCUUCAAUUGGGAGUAGUGCAUUUGCUGGUGCUUCAGCAAAGGUUUCAUCAAGCGCAAAUAGUAACACUAAUUUUAUUUCAUACGAGUUGGAAGACGAUCUAGAGUCAGCAAGUCACAAAAAUUUAGUUGGAGAAACUCUUUCUAGAACAUCAUCGUUUAAUGAUUUAGAAUCUCUGGAAACACAAUCAUCCGUUUCUGAUCUUUACUCUUACUCAGAACAGACCGCUUCUCAGUCAUCAUUUAAUCAUUUAUCGUCAGAACAAAAACGGUUAGCAAAGAGUGAAUUUUCAAAGAAACCAAUUUAUUUAGAAAAGAGCCCUAUUCCCAUGUUACCUUCUACAAAGAGAAAGGUAAAACACUGGCUUUUUAAGAGAGCGAAAAAAGGAAGCUCAACAGACGCUCAAGAGGAAGAAGUCACACCACAAAAUCAGACAACAAUUGAAAAAGUUAAAAAAGCAAUUCUAUGGUGUGUCACUGGAAAAUUUGAAAUUGAAAAAAAGUACUCUGUCCCCUAUCAAAAAUUAACAAGAGAAGAAAAGGAUAGAGUGCAUUCAUUAUUACUCGACUUGGGCUAUGCCCUUUCUAUUUAUGGCCUUCCUUCAAACCGAGUUGAAUAUCACUUGACGUUAGUUUCGACAUAUUUUGGUAUGGAUGGCUAUUUCUUUUGUAUUCCCACUGGAAUAUGGUAUAGUUUUGGAACCAAGCCGAGAGAUCCUUCCAACGUUUCAUAUUUUGUGAAAAUUGAAAGCCAAACCACAGAUUUAAACAAACUCAUCAAGUUAGACCAAAUUGCUCAUGACAUAUCUGACGGUAUUUUACCAUUAGAACAGGCUCAGCAAAAAAUUAGUGAGGUUAUUACUGAACCACCAAUUUAUUCCCAUCCCAUGUUCACUGUUUUCAAUAUGUUCAUUUUCUGUGGUUUCUACGUAAUGUUGUGGAAUGGAACUAUUGGAGAAGUAUUAACAUGUUUUAUUGGUGGAAUAAUUAUUGGUAUUUUGAUGGUAUUUGGAUCUCGUGUUGCAUUCUUCUCAAAUAUUUCUGUUAUUGUCGCAAGUGUGGUUGGAGGACUUUGUGGAAUUAUUUUCAAAUUUAUUCUAUGGGAUGUGAGCUAUGUUAGCGUGGUAUUGAUUUGCUUAUGCCUUAGUUUUUACUAUCUCCCUGGAGUAACCAUCAUGAUAGCCAUUAAUGAAAUUCAGGCGAGGUCUCUUGUUUCUGGGACAUCAAGAUUAGUUAGUGCAUUUUCAACAGUAUUGAAACUUGGAUUUGGCUUAUUAAUAACGAAUGGUAUUGUUAGCGCAUUUCCUGCAUUUGCAGAGAGUGAAAAAGCUGGUACUCAACGAACUGAGUUGUCUCUCCCUAUGCGUAUUGUGGCAAUUAUUGUUCUUGCCAUUGGUAUUGCUAUCGAUUCCAAGGUUCCAAAAUACUUUUUCACAUAUGUUUAUUUGGUAAUUGUGACACUUGCUGUACAUUUGACAGCUUACUAUUCAAGCAACGUUCUUGGCAUGGAGCUGGGAACAGUUAUGGCUGGAACAGUGACUGGUGUCGGAAGUAAUAUUUAUUCCCUUAUCACCAAGCAUCCUCCGCUACUGAUAAACUCAGUGGCUACACUUUUGCUUGUUCCUGGAUCGCUUUCAUGGCGUGGAUUCUCUGCCUUUUUAUCUAAAGACAGUACCACAGGUAUCAAUUUGAUAUUUGAAGUGUUCUUGAUAGGAAUGGCUAUAUUUUUUGGUUUGACAAUUGCUAAUAGUUUAAUUCCAAUUAGACAGAGAAUUAAUCUUUGA